AUGGGAGGAGUAGAGACUCGAGAAUUCCCAGCUUUUGGUGAUGAACGAAGAGAUGAAGAAUCUAGAGAAACUAUCGAAGAAGCUUCGGUAGGAGCUACUGAGGAAACUUCAGCAACCGCAAAUUCGUCGGGUAUCCGACAAAUGAGGACCACAAUCGACACGAAUGGAAGAGAAUAUCGAAUAACCAAACGUGAAGGCAACCGCAAAUUCGUCGGGUAUCCGACAAAUGAGGACCACAAUCGACACGAAUGGAAGUAA